CUUUUGCUCCAACUUACAAGCCAUGACAUGUGCCACUUUGAUCUAGCGUGCCCCACUUGUCAUGAGCCUGGACUUUGCACGAGCAUCGACUGCACCUCAUGCAUCGCACCCUCGCGAUCAUUUCUUUGUUCGCUGGGUAUCGUGUAAGAGGCAUGAGCUCGUGUACAUAUGCCAUGGCGCAACUUCUGGUGUGACUUGCGCGUCACUCUGAAUCUGCAGUCGAGCGAGGAUCCAUCAGACAUGGCAGAUUAAUUGAUUGAGACGGGAAGCAGCGUUCGUAAGGUGAUGCAUCGCUUUACAACCCCGUUCGCGGGAUAUGGAUAGUCGUUUGCAGAAUCACAACGAGGCAUGACAGGCUCGACUCAUUCAACUGCCUGUUCAUUCACACAUCCGCAUGAUCAACGUCAGUCAAGAAGUUUGCACAGCUGCUCUGCUUCGCAACAGCAGCUCUCCGCCCAGCAGCCACCCAACCCAACACCUCACAUGUCGCCGCCAGGACUCCUAAUCGCAAUUCUGGUCAGCAUAUCACUCUGCAUCACCGCAUCGCUCGCGUGCUACCUAUACCACCACCGCGCGCAGCAAUGCGCAGAGCAUCACCAGUGGCACCGGCGAGACGCCGCCAUCGAGCUAUCGCCGAUGAGCGCGGAAUCCAAGACUGACCAGGUCGGCACGCGUGGAUGUUGGCCGCACAGUCUGCCUGAUAAAGAGGGGAUACCGCAUGCGAGGUUUGCGACGAUGCGCACGAUUCCUGUGCCGUACUGGGGGCCUAGGGACGAGUGGGGUCCCAAGGACGGACUGGGGGUAUCUCCUUUGUCGGGUCUGGCGGGCGUGGGAAAGCGGGGCAGCGUUCAGACUGAUGGACCUGUACCGCUCCGGGGGGCGACCACACUGGACGGUGACGCAGCGAGCGGCUUCCCAUGUGGCGCACAGGAUCGUGACGGUGUCGAUCCUGCACGCGGGAUUUGGCGCCCAAUUGAACUGCGGGAGGGCUUGGGAGGGGGGCGAGGUCGUGACGGGGGUGAUGUUAGGAGAUGAGCAGGCAUUCUGCACUUGCCGUAGACUCGUAGCUUAUCGACACAGUUACCUAUCCUCGCCGUGACACG